CCACGUCCGUAGAGUUGUUUGUUUGGUUCCAUGUCAGAAGAUUUGAUCUCGCCUACUGUCUGACUUAUCGCUCUCUCCGCAUUCAUGUCGGUAUGGCAACGGCAACAGAAAAUGAAGCAGCACCUGUGCGUGACAAUCGCUACGGUCUAACCCGGGAGCUGAAUGACUCUGUGAGGUUGAGUAUGCAGCAUUGGAUGUUCACGUACUUUUUCGAUGAAUACCCUCCACAACCCGCUCCAGCAUCCCUAGUCACGGAGGAACACAUCAAAGAGAACGGGAAUAUUCGGAUCGCUGAUGUCGGUUGUGGUAAUGGGUCUGUACUAAGCAACUUCUUUUCCACCAACUGCAAAGCCAUAAUAACAUAUACAUCCAGCGCCUGGCUUCUAGAGACAUAUCGCUCACUCCCGGCCAACAUCCGCGAAAACGUGCUUUUCGAAGGCAUAGAUAUCGCACACGAUUAUCUCCCCAUGGGGGACGACAUACCAUCAACCUUCAAGUUUUCGGAAUGGGAUGUUUACACUGAGCCUCCUGCUGAGCUGAUUGGUCAAUUCGACAUCGUCCACAUCAGGCUCUUCGUCAUUGUCGUUCGAGACAACGACCCAUGCACGAUGAUCCGGAAUGCGGUGAGGCUCUUGAAGCCGGGUGGUUAUCUGCAGUGGGACGAGCUCGAGCCAAACACAACGAUUGUGCGAGCACCGACGCCAGGGAUGAGCACGGAGUCAGCCCAAGCGUGGAUCACGGCCAUGUUAAAAGGGAUGUGCAUGAGUUUUAAGACCGAUCUCAACUGGUGUUCGACGCUCGCCUCGUAUUUUGAGAAGUGUGGACUUGAGCCUGUCGCAGAUGUGCAUCGUGAGUGCCCUCCGGAGUUCCGGAGACUGAUGACGACGAAUGCUCUUUCGGCACUGGAGAAUGUCGGGCGGGGUAUUUCGGAUGAGCUGGGAAAGGUAAAAGGGACGGGUCUGUCUUGGUCAGACUUGUGCAGCGCUUGUUUGGUGGAAACGAGCCAGGGUGUGACCGUGACGCAGAGCCUGUCGAUUGUGGUUGGUCGGAAAACAAUUUUAUAGAGAAUUGAUUUGAGUAUCACCUGUUACGACUGUCGGGGUAAUUUGUGGCUUAAUUUGUCGGGAAAAAACUUCCUGUUGAUAGGAUUUCAUCGUUUCGAGUUGACGAAGGAGACUGAAUAAUAAGGUUAAC